CCUUGACAACAGGCGCCAUAUUAGAGGACUUCGAAUACGACGAUUUUUUCAAAGCAAGGUACUGGAGUUCCAGUAGUUCAAAAUGAGCCGGCUGUAUGACACAGUGGAGCCAUCUGUGAUAGAUGAUGAUAUGCUCCAUAAAGCAGUGGAGGAACAGGGACCCAAAGAGGAGGCUGGCAGGAUUGCCAAAGCUGAGGGAAUUGAUUUUGCAGAUGUCAAGUCACUCAGAUUGGAUUUUAAAAAUAUUUUGAAGAUAGAUAAUCUUUGGUGCUUUGACAGUUUGACCAAGUUGCAGCUGGACAACAACAUUAUAGAAAAGAUAGAGGGACUGGACACACUGACCAACCUGAUAUGGCUAGACUUAUCAUUCAACAACAUAGAAGCUAUUGAAGGCUUGGAGAAAUUAACAAAACUCCAGGAUUUGACAUUAUACAACAAUAGAAUUUCCAAAAUAGAAAACAUGGACUGUCUACCUGACUUGCAGGUCUUCUCUAUAGGAAACAAUGAAUUGGAUGAAUUAGAAAAUGUUAUUUAUUUAAGGAGAUUCAAAAGACUGAAAACUUUAAAUUUGAAUGGAAAUCCAUUUUGUAAAGUGUGUGUCCAGGAAGAAAACCCAGAGGAUGGUUCAGAAGCUGUGUAUACUGAGAAUCAAGACUACAGACCAUUUAUCAUUGCAUAUCUCCCAUCUCUUGAUUAUCUCGACUACAGGUUAAUAGAUGAAAAUACACGGGCUGCUGCAAAUGAGAAAUAUCACUUAGCAAUUGAAGAACUUACACACAACGAAGAAGUGGAAAAUAAGAAAGAGGAAGAGAGGCAAGCCAAAGAAAAAGAACACAAUCUACAUAAGGCUGCCUAUGUUGAGAAUAUGGAUGGCCCAGCAUUGUUCCAUGCUAUGUAUACAGAAGAUGCUGAAGGACAGAAACUGGCUGACAUGCCUGGAGUGGAUGAAAUGCUUGUUGUUUAUAAAGAAAAGUAUGUGGCUACAUGUCACCAAAUAUUUGAAUAUGGUCUCCAAGAGCAUGAAAGACGAAUGGAGGAAGUUAAUCAGUUCUGGGACUGCAUUGAAGAGGCAAAGAGGGAAAACAAGGAAAUGGGAAUGAAACAGAUAAACCAAUUCAUGGAAUAUAAGAAGAGGCUGUUCCAAGAGUUAACACAUCUGACAGACCAGCAAGUGUUGGAUAACAAGAUCACAGAGUACAACAAACGUCUCCAGGAACUGUGGGAUAAACUAAUGGGACUGGAGCUACAAUUGGUGGAUCAGUUAGAGGAAGCCACCAAAGACUUUGAAAGAAAUCUGUCCGAUUUGGUCUCAAGUUUCAUAGAGAACUGUCAGGGUCAUAUUUCGGCCCUGAGAGACCUGGAGAACAUACACCAUGAGAAACUGCUGGAAAUAUCUAUCGUCACCCUGGAGAAGGUAGUGAAGAAUGAACUGGAUGAGGAAAUCCCAGAAGAUCUCAGACUGUUGUUUGUUGACAAGGACACAAUCAUCAAUGCAGUGAGUAGUUCUCAUGAUAUCCACUUACUAAAGAUAGACAACAGAGAAGACGACAUAGUGACCAGGAUCAACCAGUGGAUGUCACAGCUCAUGACAAAGAUACACGAGGAAGAGGAGGUGAAGAGAAAUCGAAUGAGGGUGUCAGAAAUAAACAAUCUUAUUGACCACUUGAGAGAAGAGAUGGAUACCUUGGAUCUGCAGCUGGGAUAUAAUUAAAUCUCUGAGAAGCAUAAAAUCAAUGGCAGAGCUGGUAUUUGAAGAGGCAUUUUCUUGCCUUGGUAUUUAUCUGUGGUAGGAUGCAAUGACUGUUUGAAAGAUGUUUUGAAGUCUUUACAUGCUGCAUGUUACAUAGGAGAAUAAACUGUUGUGAUCCAUUUUAUAUGGUGGUUUUCCAAGAAUAACUGUGAUACAUGUACCCCUGGCAACUGCAUUUCCUGGAAUUAAAAAUUACAUCAAAUCCCAGAGCUUCAUCGGAGGUCUGCCUCUAUGAACAUGGUUUAGUUCAGUAAAUAUGUAACAUACAAAUAUCAUCAUUGUACUCCCAUUUCUAGUAAAACUUGGGUGAAACAUAGUUUUCUUCAGAUAUCAGUUUAUGUAUAACGUCUUGCUUGGUUGCUCUUUAUCAUUCUUGAAGAUGUAAUAUGAAUGCACUAUGAUAACAAUGUGUAAAUAUUUGUAAAAUAUGUAAUAAUAAGAUAAGUACAUUUGUAUUAAAUAUUUUUUAUUAAAAAUAACAUAUGGGUUGUCUGGCUUUUAUACCCAAGUGUAUCCAUUUAAAAAUUUUAGUCCUGUCCAAAACAGAAGUUGACAAAGAAACAUUAAACAAAAUUGCAACAAUGAAGGCCUUAUUACAUUUGGCAUGAAGAACUGUUACUGAUUAACCAGUAAAAGCAAAUGAACUGAUUCAUGUAGAAUAUACAGAUUGUGUGACUUUAUGCAACUUAUAACAAUACCAUCCUAUCUAAACAAUCCAUGACGGCGAAAGCUAGUCAUUUUGCGAAACAUUCUAGAUUUUAUCUAAAAUGACAUCAGAAACGAUACAAAUGCCUGAUAAUUGAGCAUUUGCUAUAUAUACUUAUUUGUCACAAAUUCCUUUUGAUACACUGCUGUUACAUCAGGAAAAAUUAAAACUGUAACAUAAUGACUAGCAUGGAUUAUAUCACAGCAAAUAUUAAACAGUGAUAAAGGAAAAAGAAUAUAAAAAUCUGGAAGUACAUAACUAGACAGCAAAAGCUGACAAACGUACAGAUACUAAAUCCAGCACAAAUUUU